ACUCUAAAGCCUCAACGGGCACCAACUCAGCCGCUGAGGCGGCCAAGAUCCUGGCAGAGAACCGCAGACUGAUGCGAGAGCAGAAGGAGAAAGAGGAGCAGCUCAGGAUACAGAGGGAGGAAGAGGAGAAGAUAAGAAAGGAGGAAGAGAUGCGUUUAGCGGAAGAGGCUCGACUGAAACGCCUGGAAGAGGAGAAGAAGCUUGCAGAGGAGAGGAAAAUUAUAGAAGAGGAAGAGGCUCGCCUAGCAGAGGAGGAUCGCGUAAGACUGGCAGAAGAGGAAGCAGUGAAACAGGCCGAACUCCAGAAGGAACGGGAGGAAGCUGAGGCCAAGGCCCUGGAGGAAGCAGAGAGAGUCCGUCAGGAGAGAGACCGUAUCAUGCAGAAGAACCAGCAAGAACGAAUGGAGAGAAAGAAGAGAAUUGAAGAGAUAAUGAAGAGAACAAGAAAAGGGGAACAGAAUGACUUGAAGAGAGAUGAAGGUGAUGAUGAUAAAUGCUCACAGGAGAAUGAAGAGGAGGGAGAGGACCAGAUGACCUCAGAAGGCCAGAUGGAUGAUAUGACCAUGGAGGGCGACACAGAUGAGUGCGGUCUGUCCUCUGGAGAACCGGUGGAACAACGUGAGGAACCUCUGGGUAGUGUGAAUGGAAAACCAGAGACAGACAACAAGGAGAAUAACAAUGGCAUAAGCACAGAUGAGCCUCAGGCAGUCAGUCCAGUCCCCAAGGGCCGCCUUGUCGAGGGCUCAGAGUUCCUAAAUGAGCAGGACUCGGCCAAGGUGGGGUUGGUCUCAGGUCUAAACGGUAAAUCCAACCAGUGGAGCUUUGAGGAACUCAUUGACCUCAACGUUCACUCCAAGACUCGGCCCCUCAUCGAGGCAGAGGACUGUAACCAGGUCUUGAUUAACUGUGAUGGAAGCUCAGAUGGGACCAGGGUAGCCUUCGAAGACAAGGGAACCCCCGUCAACACCCUGCAUUCCACUAAUCAACCCAUAGAAGCCCUGUCAGAGAUUUGAUGCUGCAGCCGUCGCUGAGAAGCCUCUUACUGUUGCACUCAUAAAGUUCCUGUCCCGCUGAGCUCUGUAAAAGAAAAAGUCCUCGACCAGUUCCCCAACAGCUUCCUCUUUUUUUUUCUCCUCUUCCUCUUCCAGAAGAGAGGAGCACAAGGUGAAGCGGAAAGACCAACCUAAGUGCUACAAUUGCACCCUAAAUGAUGAGGAAAUAAAUAUAUUAAAAUUAUAUAUAUAAAGAAAAACGUUCUGCUUCAGGGAAAUUCCGUAUAUUCCUUCGACAUGCUCGCUUCAGGUCUCUUUCCUCUUCCUCUUGUGUCUAGUUCUCCAGUUUUUUUUUUUUUUUUCUAUGUUGUGUCUGAAUUUGAUGAUGUUUUUUAAGAGUUUUGUCUUCGUCAGGGGUGCAUUGUUGUAAUUUAUUGAUUUUGGCUUCUUUGUUAUUGUAAUUGUUGUUAUCAUAUGUUUAGUCUUUUUUGUCUCGUAUGAGAAUAUUCCAGGACACAUUAGGCUGUGUAAUUUGAAUAUGAGGUUAAUACCGUGAGUUAAAGGAAGGAACGAUAAUACAUUCUGUUGUGUCGGGGGUUGGGUUGGGACAGCAUCCCAGGCUUUGCAUGUGAUUCAUCUAAAUUUACUUGACUGGCUGCUUUCCGCAGCAUCCAGCAAAUAUGGCCUUACCAGUUUUUCCCAACGUCGAAGUUUUAAGUGUGAAUAUAUUAAAUUGCUUGUGUUGAAGCUCACACACACACAGUUUAGCAAUCGUCCGUCAUGUGCUUACACUUUGGAGUGGAUUCUGUAUUCAUUCUUCACAGAUCUCUGGCCCUUCAACUUCCCACACACACACACACACACGCGCGCACACGCCUCUCUCCCAGUUUCUCUCACUGUGUGUUUCCUUCUUUGGCCACUAGAGGGCUUCAGGAGCACCACUCCAACUGUUACAUUAGAAGCUGAUGAGUGUUGAGGUUCAUCAACACUGUAGUGAAUUCAUAUGUUAAGUCAAGUUUCAGCAGUUUGAUAACUUAGGGCACAUGGUCCAUUUAGGUUUUGUUAUUUUUUACAUAUGUAUAUAGGCUUUAUGUUUACUAACAACACUUAAUUGUAAUUUACAUCAGAAUCUGAGUGAGUUUCAUCCAGUUUUAGUCUCAUCUUACACCGACUGCAUCUGUACAACACCAGUGUUUGAAUAACCAUAGAUGUAACAUACUGCUACUCAGUUAAUACACAGGUGAAGUCCAUUAGUUUCGUUCAUAGCUGUUUCUGAUUCUCUUAAGACGGUUUGUGUUCGUUACCAAAUUGAACUUGAAUGUUUGAUAUCCAGAGUUCAACUUUGCUGAAACUAAAAAUCAGAUUUUCAAUUAUCUGGUUUUAACUAGAGCUUUACCAUCACAUCCGUGCACACUUUUCCAUCCAUCCUUCUGUCUGUGGUUCUUUUAUUAGUUACACUUAUUUCCCACUAACCUUCUUCGAAGAUUCCAAACACACUAGCUGCUACACCUGACAAAAUACAUUUCAACUAUUUUUUAUAAUAUAAAAUUUGGCUGUUUGUUUAUAAAUGAAAAUACAUUUCUACAUAUAUUUAAGUGUUAUUGUAUUGUGUAUAUAAUCAGUAUUAGGCAAAUGAAGCCAUGUUUAGGAUGGAGUGGCGUCAGGAUGUGGAUAAUUGAAGUCUCUGUGUACGUGACUGUGCUGUAAGUUAGGUUUCUGUUCGACUCGUGCCCUGUGACAGGGUAGUCAGGUUACGUUUGGGCAGCCUGGAAACCCAAAAUUUACAUAAAUCCCUCUUCCACAAAAGCUCUGAAAAACAAGGGGCCAAGUGGGGACCCACUAUAUGUGUCUAAAAAUACAGUGUGUUUAUUUGUAUGUAUGUUUGAGAGCUUUCAGCCCCAUAACCCCUAGCCGUACUUCUGAAUAUUGCCUCACAGAGACUUAACAUGUUGACAUUGUGGUAGUGAGCGGAGUUGUUACAGCCCUUACCAACAUGUCUGACCCAUGAUAAAAGUCAUGGCUGUGCCUCUUUAUGAUGCUUUUAAUGUCAUCAAAAUAUGUUUUAUAUUAUGUCAAAGGAUGUGGGGGUAUUGGAUAAUUAUGGUAGGCAUAUCAGCUCAGGUCGCAACUGUUAUUACUACUUUGUAGUAUGAGGCACCAAACUAAAUAAGACAUGGGUCAGACUUGUUUUCCGCAUUGCUUUCUGGAUCUCUCAUGAAUUGUAUUUAAAAUCUUGAAAUUCCCUAUGCUUGAAUAAUCUAAGCACAAGGUUUGGGGACCUUGAUUUUUGCCUUGUUGUCUGCUGGCUCUCACAUCCUCUUGCAAAUUAAAUUCUCUUUGUACAUAAAGACUUGGGGCUUUAGAUGUUAGCUUUGAUUACUAAGCUCAAAGAAUGUAACAGACUCCAGAAACCGUCCUUCAUUAUUUACCAUGUCUCAGAGCUGCCCGCUUUUAGCGUUCAUCCAUUAUUCAUCUAGAAAACAUGAGACUCUUUGCACUGUCACAAAUUACUCGCUAUGUUUAAAGCAUGGUUGCUAAGGAGUAGCUUUACUGUACAGACUCGUAGGAGAGUUGUGUGAAAUUCAGGAAGAAAAGAAAAGCUCAUUUGUCUGUGGUCUCUUCCUUCCCAGAUGUUUUAGAAGUCUCAUUCAUAACCCAAAACUCGCCUAUACCCAAACUCCCCCCAAACCUUUCCUGCUCCUCUCUCCACUCGUGAGUAGUACCUGUUGGGGGGCUGUUGUAGCUGCUGCUUGAACAGAUACUGUAUCUAUUCCAGGUCCUGCUGCAUCUUUGAGGGCUUGAGCCGACUGCUUAAUCCUCAACGUCUAUAACAAUAGGAUAGAACGGUGCCUUAGAUUGAGAUUUAGUAUUUUUAUUGUAUCACAAUUAACUAAGAAAGCUUGUCCUUACCUCGGCCUCGACAAUCAGUCUACCCAACCAGGGCAACUUUGUGAAUAUGAAUAUUUCUCUGGAAGAUUUACAAACCUAACAACGCCCUGUCCACAAAUAAAAUUUGUACUGUAAAUAUAUCUAAAGUGUACUGAGAUGAUACGAACUGUUAAAACAAUAAAGUCUUGAAAAAAUACUCCCA